CCUCCUCUCCUAGGUGAUUUCUCGGACCCAUGUUCUCAGGGAAAAGCACUGAGCUGAUGCGGCGGGUCCAGCGCUUCCAGAUCGCCCAGUACAAGUGCUUGGUGAUCAAAUACGCCAAGGACACGCGGUACAGCACCAAGUUCUCCACGCACGACCGGAACACCAUGGAGGCCCUGCCGGCCUGCCUGCUGCGGGACGUGGCCCAGGAGGCCAUGGGCGUGGCUGUCAUCGGCAUCGACGAGGGGCAGUUUUUCCCGGACAUCGUGGAGUUCAGCGAGACCAUGGCCAACGCCGGGAAGACGGUCAUCGUGGCUGCGCUGGACGGGACCUUCCAGAGGAAGGCCUUCGGGACCAUCCUGCACCUGGUGCCGCUGGCCGAGAGCGUGGUGAAGCUGAACGCCGUGUGCAUGGAGUGCUUCCGCGAGGCCGCCUACACCAAGAGGCUGGGCCUGGAGAAGGAGGUCGAGGUGAUUGGAGGAGCCGACAAAUACCACGCCGUGUGCCGCCUCUGCUACUUCCGGAAGCCGUCGGGUCCGCCCGCCACGCCGGACGGGGAGGACAAGGAGAACCGCCCGGCGCCGGGGAAGCCGGGGGAGGCUGUGGGCGCCAGGAAGCCCCUGGUCCCGCAUCAGACCCUGCAGUGCAGCCCGGCCAACUGAGCCUGGGGUGGCGCCCCCUCUCGGACACCUGCCCGCGCUGAGCCGCCCGUCGGAGGAGGAAGCGGGCGGGAGGCUCACUGGCUGAGGAAGGCUGUCUGCAGGCCCGGGCCCGCGGGUGGUCCAGCAGGUGAUCCGCAGCCCGUUUCCCUCUUUGCCUGCCCACCAGCCUUUCUCAGUUCCCUCCCGGCUGCUGAGCCGGCCCCGCGCUGCGGCUCCUUCUCCUUUGGGUGAGGAGCAGGCCACAGGCUGUGGUGACAUCAGCGGCGCUGGCUUCUUCCCUCUCUGUGGCUUUCGCUGCUGAGUUUCUGUUCUCACCGGCAAGUCCC